GCGGAUAGAAGUUCCUACCAUACUCCAUUGUCAGGAUAUCAUCAAGUGUGAUGCAGAAGCGUGAUUAGGAAGAGUUGUUUGCCCUGCCAAGUGAUGGACUGUUUGCGGCACGAUCAUUCUAUUUGCCUGUCUCGUCAUUCAUCCCUUGAGACUUCGUGUCAAGUAUAUCUCUAGUUCUAUUUAAGAUGAGGUUCCGCAAUCCUUCAAGCUCCUGGCUACGGAGUCAUUCAGUGAGACCUGUCAAGAUUCAGGAGCAAGUUCACUUUCCGACUUCUCAAGUGCCCAGCAUGACUGAACGUAGGGGUCGAGGAGGUGACACAAGUGGCAACGUCAAUCAGGAUCCGGCGGCAGCAAUCACCAACGCCUUACAGACAUUUCGAGUCGCGCCAGGUUCUGUUGCGAGGGGUGAGGCAGCUCGGAAACAGGAGCAGGCACAGCGAAAGGAGGCUCGGGCAGUUCAAAAGAGCCAAGCUGACUCAAAACGCGCGGUCCGUACAAGCAACUACGAAAAAUGGGACAAAGCCAGCUUGAGCCUGCCUAGUUAUAUCACCACCGGAAUAGUUGCUAGCCAGGGAGAGAGACGCGGGGAAAUCAGCGCAAACUAUUUUGAGCUCUCGUUCGAACCCAACAAGAAGUAUCGCCGUUAUAGGAUCGACCUAGGCCUCAUUGAUGGGGAAGAAAUUACUAAUAACGAGUUCAAACGAAAGCUCAUCGGUUUCCUGCUCACAAAAUUCCCUCCUAACAGUUCGACAAAAUGGGCCUCGGACUAUCGGUCGACGAUUAUUUCUGUGGGUAAGCUGUAUGGAACAUGGAGUGAGACCAGGCCACUUCCUCGCCCACAUCCCACGGUAGAGCGUCCUGGCGUGAAUGAUCUUGAUAUUCCUUCGUCUAUUGUUGCGGAGGGAGAAUUUGACCUUGCAAACCUCAAUCAACUCAUCUCGAAGCAUGAGAGGCCCACACCUUACCACCCAGAUCAAGAUAUCAAUGCUUUGAACAUCUUGACUUGGCGCAGAAUCAAUGAUCCGUCUUGGAACGGAAUUCGAGUCAAAAACAAAUUCUUCCCCAAAGAUGCCAAAAAAUGGAGGCUCACGAGAGACAUAGAGACUUACGUCGACGUGCGAGGACGUAUGCAACUUCAACAAGAUGUGCCAACAACCGUGUACGAAGCGAGGACUGGAUUCUUUACUUCCAUCAGACCAGGCGAGAGCAAGCUGCUUCUCAACAUAAGUACUAUCUCGGGCGCAUUCUACGCGGUCGGUGUAAAUUUGCAAGAGUGGAUGAGAGCACGAUAUGAUCUUGCUAUUGGUGCGACUCCUCGAGCCGGGGCAUGUAAAGAUAUGCGAGGACUCAAGGUGACAUUUGAUCUACGAAACCCCACGAAGCAAUGGUCAGUCUACGCUGUCAGUGAUCGUUCUGUCUCGCAAGAAGGAUUCGAACCAAACGGAGGUGGUGCAGCCACUAGCGUGUUCGAUUACAUGACACAAAGAUACAUUAAUGCUACAUUUGACCCCAAUGCAUUUUGUGUUAACCUUGGCGCCUCUGGUCGCGACGUUUGGCAUCCAGCUGAUAAAUUACGAAUUGUCCCCAAUCAGUACAUUGUGAAAACCCUGGACAGUUUCUUCGCUGGCCAGAUGAUCAAAUGCACAGAAAGAAAGCCGAUAACAAAUCAAAAUGCGAUCACAAGCCAUGCUUUGCAACCUCUCGGAAUCGCACCUACUCAGCCCUUCUGGAAUGACUUUGGCUUACGGGUCACGGGUGGUUUGAUAGAGAUGCCUUCUCGAUAUCUCAAGCAGCCAACAAUAAGAUUCUCCGGAGAUGCUACUAUUGCUCUGGCGGAAGUCGACCCUGAUGCUAGCGAAUACCGCCAGCUGGCUACGUGGGACCUCAAACACAUGAAGUUUUACAAAACCUCCAGCAACCUCCUGCAGCUUAAAAUCAUCAGAAUUGAGCAACCGGCAAGGCUCCACGGACCUUCAAUGAAUGAUGUGAAAAUUUUCGGUGCGCAGCUUCUAGACAAACUUCCGAAGUACAAUGUUAACUUCAACGGCUCUGUUGCUGUUGUCAACGUCACCGCUGUCCGAGACGGAUCGGCGGCAGAGAGAAGAACUGCUUGGGCCCAGUCGCUCGAACAAGCCUGGAUUGAAUUGAAGAAACCAGGAUUCCUUCUGAUUGCUCUGGCGACAGAAAAUGCGACGAUCUUUUCUGAUAUUAAGUUCUGGUGCGAUUGUGUAAAGGGUGUGCCAUCGAUGUGUGUAAAGCCGAAGUGUAUUGCGAAAAACAAAGAAAAGAGUCGUCCUGAUGCUCGUUCUGGCGAUGGUCGUCUUCUAGGAAACGUAUGCAUGAAGAUAAACUUCAAGCUAGGGGGUGUCAAUCAAGUCGUCCUCUCGGAUUCCAAUACCUGGAUGGCCGGAGUGAAGAGAGGUACAAUGAUUGUUGGUGCUGAUGUUACGCACUCCGGAAAAGGUUUAGAUUCCACAAUCCCUUCCCUCGCUGCUGUUGUAGCAACUUGCUGUCCAGAUGCCGGCGUGUAUCUCGGAAGCGCAAGACUCCAGACACAUAAUACAGAAUUUAUCGAAAAUCUUGCCAGCAUGAUUGAAGAGCGAGUUCUGCGAUUCGUAGAAGCCUGGGGGAAGGGACCAGAUCAUAUCCUGUUCUACAGAGAUGGUGUUUCCGAGAGCCAGUAUGGGAUGGUCUAUGAAGAAGAACUUCCUCAAAUCCGGCAAGGUGCAAAGGCUGCUGGUCAGAAGAAGUGCCUUCAGAUCAACCCUGCGAUCACCCUCCUCGUCGUAGGGAAACGACAUCAUACUCGCUUCUUUCCUAAAUGGCUGGAAGGCCAGAAACCCGCCCCUAAGGCUGGAGAUAGAUCCACGGACCGAAACACAGUAGCUGGACUCAUCAUUGACCAUACUGUGGUUACGCCUCAUCACUUCAGCUUCUACCUUCAGAGCCACGACUCGCCCAUUGGCACAGCUCGCACUGGUCACUACGUCGUUAUCAGCAACGGCAGCAAUUAUUCCCCUGACGAACUCCAGCAGAUCACUCACAAGCUUUGCUUCACUGGAUCUCGUGCGACAGUGAGUCUUUCUGUCUGUACGCCUGCUCGAUACGCAGAUAUCCUGUGCGAUCGUCUACGCAACUACAUGCGUCCAGUCAUGGAAGGCGAGAUCCCUGAUUCUCCUGAUAAGACACUGGCCCAAUAUGGAGUGGAUACGGCUACUUGGAGGCAUACAGUCUUUGAGCUCAGGGAUACAAAACAAGUGUGGCCAAACCCUUGGCAUCCAGACUUGCGUAAUAGCAUGUUUUACCUAUGAUCUAGCAGUUGCAUUUGUCU